AUUGAGGUUAUUGAGACUCAAUUACUGGCUGACUUGUUUUUGGAAUUUAGGAAGAGUGAAGACAGGAAACAGAAUAGAAGAAACAAUCAAGAAAACUUCCUUGGCUUCAAUGGCAAUCAGGAAUUAUUUCCCUGUGAAGUCUGUGGAAGACGCUUUGCAGCAGAUGUUCUGGAAAGGCAUGGACCAAUAUGUAGAAAACUGUUCAAGAAAAAGCAUAAACCUUUCAAUUCCUUAAAACAAAGAUUACAGGGCAGUGACAUUCCCACUGUGUGGAAGGCUCCUCAAUCCAAGCCUCAACCCAUGAGAAAAUCUAACUGGAGACAACAACAUGAAGACUUCAUUAAUGCGAUUCGAUCGGCAAAGCAGUGUACACUAGCCAUUAAAGAAGGCCGGCCUCUCCCACCUCCACCCGCUCCGUCCAUCAACCUAGAUUAUAUUGAGUGUCCAUAUUGUACGAGGAGAGUUAAUGAAACCGCAGCCAAUCGACACAUUAAUUUCUGCAAGGAUCAGUCUUCUCGCCGAGUCUUUGAUCCAGCCCAGACAGCAGCCAAAUUGGCAUCCAGGGCACAGGUAAACUUGGAGAAGUUACUUAAAUUCUUCGAGGCUCACUUUGAGGUGUGUCUCGCCGAGCUGUUGGGCGGAUUAUAGGUAAUACGAGUACAGUGCCUUGCACACAGGGGGCCCUGGUCUUUUCCUCUCCGCACAUUGCUCCGCCCUCCUUCCCCUCUCUCAUGGUCUCUUCCUAUAGCGGGAUAGGCACCACA